AUGUUUCCGGAGGGACACGUGUCGGUAGAAGUGGAGCUCCGAAUUUUGGCGCGUUCCCAUGUCGUAGUUCUAGAACGCGGGCCCGGAUCCGGACGCGUUCCAUCGGUGCGGAGCCGCCGCCAGCCUGCACCUUCCCUGCACUUGGCUCAACACCCCCGUCUGCGAAGAGCAGCAUUUCAUCAUCCCUGCCGCUCCGCUCCGCUCCUCACCUACUUGGCCGAGGUCGACGUAAGGAGGACCCGACAGUCACCGAAGAGCCUCGGCUCCCUCCGUCACUGGCGCACUGGCUGGCAAACAAAUGCAUUAAAAUCCAAAUCCGGACACGCACAAAUGCCUGGUGCGCUUUUCCAGUCGUAGCGCAAGGACAGGAGCUGAUUUUUUCUCUCUCUCGGGCUGUAGUUUUAUUUUUUGCGUUUCACGAAUGUGACUACCCAAAGAUCAUCUACUUCCGCACAGGCCUGUAUCGCAAAGUGCAAGAUGGCGGCGCCUGGCAAUGAAGAGGAACUAACGCAAGACCAGACAGAGAAACUGUUGCAGUUUCAGGACUUGACUGGUAUUGAUUCAAUGGACCAAUGUCGACGCACACUGGAACAGCAUCAAUGGAAUAUUGAGGCAGCUGUUCAGGAUAGGCUAAAUGAGCAAGAAGGAGUUCCCAGUGUCUUCAAUCCACCUUCUUCUCGUCCGCUUCAGGUCCACACAGCUGACCACAGGGUGUAUAGUUAUGUAGUUUCAAGGCCACAGCCCAGGGGUCUCUUAGGAUGGAGUUAUUACUUGAUAAUGCUUCCAUUCCGAUUCACCUAUUACACGCUACUGGACAUUUUUAGGUUUGCUAUACGAUUUAUUCGGCCAGAUCCUCGGAGCCGAGUUACUGACCCGGUUGGAGAUGUAGUUGCAUUUGUUCGGAAUUUUGAGGAACAAUAUGGAAGGAUCCAUCCUGUCUUUUAUCAAGGAACGUACAGUCAGGCUCUGAAUGAUGCCAAACGGGAGCUUCGUUAUUUAUUAGUUUAUCUUCAUGGAGAUGAUCAUCAGGACACAGAUGAGUUUUGUCGUAAUACGAUGUGCUCUCCAGAAGUUGUAAAUUUCAUCAACACCAGGAUGCUUUUCUGGGCCUGUACCACUAGUAAGCCGGAAGGCUAUAGAGUAUCGCAAGCUUUACGAGAGAAUACCUAUCCUUUCCUGGCAAUGAUUAUGUUGAAAGAACAAAGGAUGACGGUAGUCGGUCGUUUGGAAGGUCUUCUUCAGCCGGAAGACUUUGUCAAUCAGCUGACAUUUAUAAUGGAUGCUAAUGCGACAUAUUUGGUUUCGGAGCGACUUGAUAGAGAGGAGAGGAGUCAAACACAAGUGUUGAGGCAGCAGCAAGAUGAAGCCUAUUUGGCUUCACUUCGUGCUGAUCAGGAAAAAGAAAGAAAGAGAAAGGAAGAACUAGAAAAAAGGAGAAAGGCGGAAGAGGAUAUCAGGCAACAGAUUCUCGCCGAAGAAAGAAGACAACGACGUUUGCAGGAAGAGAAAGAACGCAAGUCGGAAUGUCUUCCCCCUGAGCCUUUUUCAGAGCAUCCAGACAGUGUUAAAAUUGUCUUUAAGUUGCCAAAUGAUACUCGAGUGGAGCGACGAUUUCUAUUUACAGAGUCAUUAACAGUAAUAUAUGACUUUUUGUUUUCCUUGAAACAAACUCCCGAGAAAUUUCAAAUAGUUGCAAACUUUCCACGUAGAGUUCUCCCUUGCUUGCCCACGGAGAAGGAGCCAAACCCCCCCACUCUGCAGCAGGCGGGAUUGAGCCGCUGUGAAGUCUUGUUUGUUCAAGAUCUUACUGAUGAUUGAACUGGGCACCACCUGAAGUUUCAAUAGCUGCACAAUGUAAAGGAUUGCAGAGACUUUUUCACAAACGAGCCAGGUUUCUGCUGCACAUGUUGGCAAAGGUCUAUGCAGUUGGGUUGCUCGUCACUUCCUGGGAUGAACUGUGCUGUCUUAUCAAUAUUCUACUUUUAAAACAAAAACAAACCUGAAAUGUUGAGCAGUUUUCCAUCAGAAGAUAUAAAAUUAAAUGAACCCAUUGCUCCACACAGAUUGCACCAUGGAGAGUCCCAACAUCUUUUGCUGGUUUUGUUUCCCCCCCACUUAUAUUUAUGUUGUAUUUCUAUUAAAAAAAGGUAAAAAUAGACCAAAGGAGGGUUGGCAGUUAUUGAAUUAUUGGAACCUGAAUUGGUUUAAGUUCUUAUUACCAUGGCCUUUGCUAUGGUGAAGCCUCAGUAAGUAGUUUGUCAGCCUAUAGUGCCUGUGGUAACUAGAGCUUGCUCCCUGUUUAAUAUCUGAGCAGCCUUGUCGUCCUCGAGGUGUAAUUUAUUCCAACAGUUUAAAUUAAAACUGUUUUAGAAUUUUAUUGUGUUGAAUCAUUUUUGUAUGCAUAGAUUUGUUUUUUUUAACCAUUUUCUGUAACUUAAUUAUCUGAUAGUAGCCGUUCACAGUGCACCGAGUAGUCAAAUUUGAUGAGCAUUAAAAGUCUAUAUUAUCUUCACCCACUUAUUCCUUCUGAGCUUCCUAUCAUUGCCGAUGUUUGUUUGUCCUGGUCAUUCUCCACCAUUGUAAUUGCGCGUGCAGGUAUACGUUGCAUCAGCUUCAGAUUAACCCUUUCUCCUGCUGGAUUUGCUACGUCUAUUUAUAGUCCUAUACAUUUUUUAUUUUAGUAGAAAAUGCCUAUUUAUAGCCUCCUGUGAGAAUAUGACCAAGGAAAUUAAUGUUUUCAGUGGAGAACGCCCCCCCCCCUCCCUUUUAAACCAUGUGCCCAACAGCCCCUCGAUCAGUUUGUUGAAAUGCAUCAAGUAAAUGUACUGUUUCUUCUAUACUGUUUGAUUAGGAAUAUUGUUUCAGAUUGUUGCACUUUUAUGUAAUAGCAUCUUAAUCAUUAGCAUGUUGUCACUUGUUUUGUUCUACCAAGAUGCAAUAUGACGUCUCUAUCUGAAAUAGAUAUUGUGUGGCAACCGAUAAUGGAAUUAUUUUACCACCAAAAGAGCUGUUGGCCAUAAUAUUAUAUUAUUUAAUUAUAGUAAAGUGAUAGUACUGCCACAUUUCCUCUUCUGGUCAGGCCAGACUCUAGAUAGGUGCUUGUAGCUUUUUGUUUCUGAAUACACAUACUUACAAUGUUUUAGCGCCAAUAAUUAAUAUGUUUAACUAUUCUGGAGUUCUAUAUACACUGCUCCAAGAUUAGAAGCCCAUGUUUUGUUGUGUGGUGUGAAUGUAAAUGUCUUCCAUUUGAGUUUGCUUAAUAGAACUAGAUUGUGUUCAGAUUUAGAAUUUUUGCUUUUCUAUUUAAAGUAGUUUACCACGUUUAUAUGCUUUAUAUAAACCUGUAUUACCAUUCAAAAACACUUUUGCUUAUGUCUGUUAAAGCAGUCAACAUUUCCAGAUGCCACAUGCUUUCAUACAAGUCGAUUGAAAGCGUAGUAAUAUACAAAAAAGUCAGUAUUGGCUUUAAAUUCCUCCAUCGCUUUGUACUUAAAGCUGCAGUCUCAAUUGCUCUUUGUAUUUAAUUUUAGAAAUCUUGUUUGCCAUCAUAGACCAUGGUUCCAGGACUGUUAUGUGGUUGCUGUCACCAAUUACUGAUUUUUUUCAUGCAAUUGCCAUUACAUUCCAUAGAUCUGGAACAGACUGCUUUUUCCAAACAAACAAAAAUCAGUAUCUAAAUGAAAUGUUUUGUAUAAGAUUAGACCAAUGUGCAUAUGCAAAUUGUGGCUUCCAAAAGAAGCUUCUUGGUUAACUUUUUAUGUGAGGCCUAGUUCUAGGGUAGCCUGAACAGACUCUGGAUCUGAACAUGUGAAGCAAAUGUCUUCUGAGCAGAAUAAGGUAUUUUGCAUCAGAUAUUUUUUCACAACAGUGGUACUUCACACUUGUGUUGUCUUGCUUUGUGUUAUUCCUACUUCCAAUGCUUCUGAGGAUGGUGACUCCCAAUUUGAUGCACUUGGUGCAAAGUUCUAAGUUUGAGUUGGGGCAAACUACAAUGAAACAAGCAUUGACUUUUUUGGACUAGGCAAUAAAAUCUUGUCUCUUAGCAAAAGUACACCCAUCAGUCUAAUAAUAUGCAAAUAUAACAGAUAUUUUAAUGAUCAUAUCGAUUAUUGUUGCAAUAUUUUUUGUAAAAGUAUGUAAGAAGAUAUAUUCUUGACAGUCUUAUUUGAGAAAAAAAUAGGUGAAUGUUCUUUAAACUCAAAGAAAUAUGGUCCUUCAAUGUUUCUCAGUCCUUUAAUGUUAAAAGCGCCAAAUUCAUUGAGUUACUUAAAAUUGACAUUUUUAUUAAGCCAUUUUGAAAUUAUUUUUUUUCUAACAAUAUAGCUAAAUGUUACAAAUUUGCCAGAGGAUUAUCUUCUGAUAUUUCGUGACUUUCCUUUGCAAAUGUUUGAAUUAAUUUCUUUAUCAUUUUUAUACAUUACUGGAGGAACACAUUUUUGAACCACUUACUCCUGUUCAGACUGAGUGAAUUUGUUACAGGCACUGAUAAUUAAGUGAGCUAAAUGGAGAGAAAUGCCAAAACAUACUUAUAUUUUGUGUUCACUCGGAAACAACCAUUUUCAAAAGCAAAAUGUCUACCAUGAUUCAAAAGAUAAACAAUGGGGCAUUGAGUGAUAGUGCAUCUGAAAUUGAAUUCUGAAAAUGUUUCCAUGCUCAAUCUGAAACUGAAGUUGUAUGAUGCUGUAAAUUCAUUUAAUUGACCCAUGUCUUGUAACUUAUUGAAGUUGAAUGAAUACAAAAUGUUAAUUACUUGAGGAA